ACUUCAUUAUUUCCCUCCCACACACACAAACUUGCUUAACUUAUAGCCCCAUCCACAUACCUUCAAAUCGACACUACUUCAUCAAUAUAUAUAUAUAUAUAUAUAUAAUAUAUAUUUCGGUUUCUGGAAUUUGUUUCUCAACAUGAAGAGGGAGAGAGAUAAUCAGGUCCUUGAUCAUAGCAUCGCCAUGGCCAACUGUUUGAUGUUGCUUUCUCGUGGAUGCCAAUUUGACCAGCCGAUCAUCGCCGCCGCCUCACACGGCAACAAUAGCCACCGCGUGUUCGAGUGCAAGACAUGUAACCGGCAGUUCCCGUCGUUUCAGGCGCUGGGCGGCCACCGGGCGAGCCACAAGAAGCCGCGGCCGGCGGCCGGCGAUGAGAUGAACGAGCUUCAUGGUGUAAUUAAGCCUAAAACUCAUGAGUGCUCCAUCUGUGGAGUGGAGUUUGCAAUAGGGCAAGCUUUAGGGGGUCACAUGAGAAGGCACAGAGCUGCUGCAACAACUUUGAAGAAUGAUGAUAAUAAUACUCAGAACAAAACGACGACGUUGAGUAGCAGUAGUGAUGAUGGUAGUUGUCUUGAUUCUGAUCAUCAGGUUCAUAGUUAUGAGGGAAAUAGAAAAAGAGUUUUGCUUUUGGAUCUGAACUUGACACCUUCGGAGAAUGAUUUGGAUUUUCUCAACUUCGUUUGAAAUCUCAGCUUAUAGCGAUUGAUUAUCCAGUUAAUUUGUUGAUGUUGGAUCACCGGCCGUCAGAUUAGGUGACUUUUCUAGUUUGUUUUUAAUUUUUGGUGAUAUUUUGGUGACAAUGUAAAUUUGUUCAUUUUUAAGUAUAUAAUAAUAUAAUAUUAUAAAGUUGAUUA